ACACGUGGUGACGUCACUCAUAGAGCGUUUCUGGUUUCCCUGGUGACGGUUGUUGGGGCAGCGCGUGCAGGCGUACAGAAGAGACCUAGCCGCUGCGGCCCUAAAAGUGAGGAGCGCAGUGACCGCUAUGACCUGAUUGUCUAUGUAGAUAAUCCCAAAGAAUCAACAAAAACAACAAAAAUCCUGGAACUAAAUGUAAAUAUCCUGGGAAGAACAUUUCAGCAGAGGAACAGCCAGCGUGGAAGUCUGUGAGUUUGAUGCAUUCUUGAUAAUGAAAGAUGGUUUGCAAGAGGAACCAGAUUACACUGGGCCCUGUUUUUAUGCUGAGGGCAAGAUGGCAGCAGAUGAAGGUGCACGGGACACCUUGCGGCUCCAGUUCAAGGCCAUGCAGGAGAUGCAGCACAAAAGGUUGCAGAAGCAGAUGGAGAAACAGAGGGAAAAGGAACUGAGCCUCGAAAGCAAAGUUGAUGACCAAAAAGAGCCCUUGGAGAUCUCGGAUGGCCUCAGCCUUCUCCAAGCUGGGGAGCAAAACUCAAAAAACAGCUUCGAGCAGAGGAUGCUUGAAGAGGAGAUCACACACCUUCGAGAGCAGCUCAGGGAGACAGUGGAUGAAAAUGGGCGAUUGUAUAAGCUGCUGAAGGAAAGGGACUUUGAAAUCAAACAUCUCAAAAAGAAAAUAGAAGAGGACAGAUUUGCCUUCACAGGGACAGCCGGUCUGGCCGGGGAUGUGAUCGCCACCAAAGUCGUCGAGCUGUCCAAAAAGAACCGGGCGCUGAUGGCAGAGUCAGAGGGUGCGAAAACCAGAGCGAAGCAGCUGAACAAUCGCAUCCGGGAGCUGGAGCGGGAACUGCAGGCGGCCCAGGCCAGGCUACCAGCCAAGGCGGCCACCGACGUGGGAGCCAAGGCGCCGAGGGCUCAGAUGGGAGACAGAGCCUUGCCAGAGACCCCAGAGGUGAAGGUCUUGCAGGACAGGCUGGCAGCCACAAACCUGAAGAUGAGUGAACUCCGCAACCAGAUCCAGUCGGUGAAGCAAGAGCUCCGGAUGGCCCAGAAGGUUUUGACCAGUGAGGUUGGGGAAGAUGUGAAUGUCCAGCAGCUCCUGUCCUCUCCUGGGACCUGGAGGGGUCGGGCUCAACAAAUUCUCGUUCUGCAAAGCAAGGUUCGUGAGCUUGAGAAGCAGUUGGGACAGACCCGGAGCCAGUCUGCAGGAACAUCCAGUGAUGAGCCAUCUGUCUAUCCAGACCCAAGGAAGCUGUCUGCACAGGAGAAAAACCUGCUGAGGAUCCGCAGCCUGGAAAGGGAAAAACAGGAGGGCUGGGAGAAACUUGUGGGGGAGCGGGAUGGCCUCCAGAGAGAGCUUGAAGAACUGAAAAAGAAGUUUGAGGGCAUGAGGUCCCGGAACAAGGUGCUAUCAAGCGAAGUGAAGACGCUGAGGAGUCAGAUGGGGACCCUGGUGGAGAAGGGCAGGCAUGACGAUGAGCUCAUCGACGCCCUCAUGGACCAGCUGAAGCAGCUGCAGGAGAUCCUAGGCAGCCUGAGUCUUCAGGAGGAAAAGACACGGGCGUCCCAGCUCCUCCUGGACCAGCAGGUCAACAGUGAGGCUCAGCGGAGCAGCAGCCUCGUUGCCCAGCUGCGGGCCAUGGUGGCCGAGAGGGAGGCCAAGGUGCAGCAGCUGGAGCUGGAGAUCGGGCAACUGGGCGUGCAGUAUCUUCGGAAUAAAGGAGUGGGCGAGGGGUCCGGUGGGCCUGAGGUCAACCCUGCCUACGCUAAGUUCCUGGAGGACCCGGGCCAGACGAAGUCCCCGGCCUCAGCAGGUGAUCACGUUGGCAGGCUUGGAUCUUCUCGCUCGGUGACCAGCCUGGGCCACACGCUGGUGGAAUCUGCUCUCACGUGGCCUUCUCUGCCCAGUCCUCAUGGGGCCUCAGCCAGGUUCUCGGACUCCCCAGAACAAAAGGGCUGGCAGGCACAAGUGACAGAGUUCAAGACCCUCUGGCAGGCUGCUGAGGUGGAGCGCGACCGGCUCACCGAGUUUGUCACUGUCCUACAGAAACGGGUGGAGGAGAGCAACAGCAAGCUUCUGGAAUCAGAGAAGAAGCUGCAGGAAGAACGGCAACGCACCGUGGUGCUGGAGCAACACCUGGAGAAGAUGCGCCUGGAGCCUGGGAGGACGUCAGUCGGUCAGAGAGCAGCCCCCAGGAGCAAAGCAGGUCUGCCCACCUCCAACACCAGGCACAACCCGAACGGGAGUGAAAGGAAGGACCCCUCCUUCACCCAGCUCUCCAACGUGCCCAUGGAAUCACAGAUGGAGGAGCUGACCACCAGGCUGGCCAUCCAGGCGGAGGAGAAUGAGAUGCUGAAGGCCGCCCUGGGCAGCGCCCUGCGUGGCAAGGAGGAGGACUUCCGUAUGUACCACGAGACCCUGGGCCAGGUGAAAGGGGUCUUCCUGCAGGCCCUGCGGCAGCAGAAGGCGGACAAGCACUAGGACGGUGGCUCAGUGUCAGCCUGGCUGGACGAGGCAGCCUUAGGCUCUGAGAGGAUGAGGCUCUGUCGACUCCAUCUGCUCUGGCAGCCAACCUGGGGCAACCAGCUCAGCCCCUUCUCCCAGAAGAGGUUCCCCGAGGGUGACCAAAGCCAACAUCUCAGACCAGGGGGGCAAAGGAAAAACCCUGGUUGAGCCCUGCCGGAGACCAGGGGAGAUACGUGGAUACGGCAGGGGAGGAGGUCCAGCUGCCUGCUCAGCACCGGCGUGAGCUCUUGGACAACAAGCCGGCUGUGAACAGACGGCGGUCCCCUGGGCAGGUGCUCACCACCCUUGUCCUAGAACCUAGCUGGGAGUCCCUGUCUGCCCACAUGGCUCCAUAUGCACAGGCGAGCCCUUCGUGCUCCAGCUGGGAGCGUCCCUCAGGCCAACCAAUCCCACCCACCCCACCCCACCCCACCCCCGACCAGGGCAUAUCCCCCCCAUUCUCCCCUCCAUGGCUCCAUCCGUGGCCACCCCCAACCUUUGCAGCCUUGGGGACAUGUGCUCCCAGCCACUUUGUCAGCCCGCUCUUCAGGGGUCUUCCUUAGAUGCAGACCCUCAGACUUGUAAUAAUAAUGAUUAUUUUCAUAGUCGCCACA